AUGCCGCGCCAUUUGAAUGAAAAUGAUAUUGAGCAGAUGCUGGACAUACCCGAUGAUGGCUCAGAAGACGGAUUUGAGUCUGAUGAGGCAGAAGAGUUCAAUGUGAAUACAAUACAACGGUUACUUGAAGCACCUAAUGAUUCAAGUGACCUUUUACAAAAUUCUCCCACUCAUUUGAAUACUACCCCUAACAGUUGUUCCGAGUCAGGUACAUCUACAAUAGCACUAUGUUCACAAUUAGAUAACUCGCAGCCAGUAAAGCCUUUGAUAGUACAGUCAUCAUCACCCUUAGAACAAGAAUUGACUGAUGAAUCUGAAUGUGAAGAUGAGUCAUGGGGGAAGGUUUUUUGGACAUCCAGGCCAGAUCCCGAUGAAUUUGAUAAGGUGACAAUAAAACCUCGGUAUUUAUUGAAUAGGAGAGCACGUCCAGUAGCGCAUUUCAAAAAGUUUUUUAGUGAUGAAGUCUUCGAUUUGAUUGUUACUCAGACAAACUUGUAUGCGGAGCAGCAAAAUAUAAAAAAUUGGCAGCCUGUUGACACACAGGAAAUUAGUGCUUUUUUAGGCAUACUCAUUAUAAUGGGUUAUCAUAUUCUUCCACAUAUCGAUUUAUAUUGGUCAUCGGAUCCCGGAUUUCGUGUGAAUGAAAUAGCUGAAGUUAUGCCAGUAAAACGCUUCAAGAAAAUUUUAGAGACUUUGCAUUUGAACGAUAAUAAUCAACAACCAAGUAGAGAAGAUGUAAAUUUUGAUAAAUUGUAUAAAAUUCGUCCUCUUAUAUCUUUACUAAGUCAAUCAUUUGAAAACAAUGCCUUCAAUUCCUCUUCCCAAAGUAUAGAUGAGAGCAUGAUACUAUUCAAAGGAAGGUCCAGUUUGAAGCAGUACAUGCCGCUAAAGCCCAUAAAAGGGGCUAUAAAGUGUGGUGCUGUUGUGAUAGUAGCACAGGGUACUUGUAUAACUAUGAAAUUUAUACCGGUAAAACAGGACAAGGAACAGAAGAGGGUUUAG